AUGCCGCGCUCCAAGUCGAAUGUUGGCGUCAGUACGGCGGUCAUGACUUCGCAGGAAGAGCCUGUUCGCCCUUCAUACCGCGGCUAUGGAACCUUCCCUCCACAGCAGCGACGGCACUCAUGGCAUACAAAGCCAUGCGUGCAAGAGGCUGAAAACUUCCAAGUACUUCUUCGCAAUUUCAUCACAGAGCUCAACUGCAGAUUAGACUUCCUCGAAUCCUAUGGACACUCUGGGUACGACGCCGGCGUCGAAUACGCAUACAACACACUCCUUGCUGUUCGCGAAUCGUGCUCGAUCAUCUCCGAUGGCGCAAUCGAGGCAGGACGUCGGCAAGCAGCCGUUUUUGUCGAGACGCUUGAGGAGCGCUACAAAGAAGCAUUGGAGCGAAAAGAAACCUUGGGGGAGAAGGUGUUGGAAGGCAUAAAGCUAAUGGACUCGUACUUGACCGAGUUUGAGGCUCGCGCAUAUGCUUUGCGAGAUGGGUCCAUCAGCUCGUAUGCGCACGACUUCUACGAGGGUGGCCGAAGAAAAAUGGACGAGGGCUUCGAGAUUGCCAAGGGCGUCGUGGACGGAGGAUUAGACAAAGCACGGAGAGCGCGAGAAACCAUCGAACUGACAAUAGAGCAUGGAGUACAACGAGCCCUCGCUCGCGCAAAGGAGCACGGCCUCAUCCACUACGACGACCUACCAGAACCCUGGAGAGUCAACCCACACAUCCACAAGGGCUACCGUUUCUCCGAGGGCAAAUGGGCAUGCGUCCGCUCCGUGGUUAGCAUACAUAACGAACUCAUCAAUAUAUGGACCCACCUUCUCGGCUUCCUGAUGGUCCUCGCUCUGGCCUUUUACUUCUACCCCUCGAGCAACAAUUUCAGCAUGUCGACCAAAGCCGACAUCUUCAUCGCAGCAGUCUUCUUCUUUGCUGCUUGCAAGUGCCUCGCCUGCUCCACCAUCUGGCACACCAUGAACAGCAUUUCGCACCAAACGCUCCUCGAGCGCUUCGCUUGCGUUGAUUAUACUGGCAUCUCUCUCCUCGUCGCUGCAUCGAUCAUGACCACGGAAUAUGCCGCUUUCUACUGCGAACCUGUAUCCCGUUGGUCUUAUAUGAGUGUCACAGCCAUUCUAGGAGUUGGUGGUAUCAUCCUCCCUUGGCACCCAACCUUCAACCGCGCAGACAUGGCCUGGCUACGCGUCCUGUUCUACGUCUCUCUCGCGCUAACUGGCUUCCUUCCUUUUGGCCAGCUCGCAUACACCCGCGGCAUCGAAUGGGCACAGUACUUCUACGCCCCUGUUACCAAGAGUCUUGUUGUCUACAUCACUGGCGCAGUACUAUACGCCAGCAAGACACCGGAGCGCUUCUUCCCGGGAUUCUUCGAUUACGUAGGCUGCUCCCACAAUAUCUGGCAUGUUGCUGUUCUGGGAGGUAUUAUCUUCCAUUACAUGGCUAUGCAGACAAUGUUCACGUCGGCUUUGGCAAGGGCGCAGACGAGCUGCUCCGUGUACUGA